UACCAUGAUGACACUGCAGGGUGUGCUGGUGGGCUGGGAAAUACUGAAUAAAUGUCGACUAUGGUGUUGGGUAUUAUAGAAAAACUGGUGAAUUGAGAAUGCUUUCAAGAAUGGGAUAGAUGAAGCUUCUGCUGGUGUGUUGUAGGGUGUACUGGUGGAUUGAGAAUGCUCUAAUAGAUGAAGCUUCUGCGGGUGGUGUAGGGUGCAGGAUGUACUGGUGAAUUGAUAAUGCUGAUAAACAAGUCAUGAGUAUGAUGCUGGGUACUUUAAUGGAUUCAUACAACUCAAAAGCUCAUAACUCAAUGUUUCAAGGCCAUCACGUAAAUAUGAUAUUUUUGACCCAGAAUAUAUUGUUGGAAAUUCUUAAUAAGUCAAAUAUUGUUUUGUCUUCACAUGAGUGAGUCCUUUGAAUUCGGAUUGUAGCUCGAUGCUUUUCCUCCAAAUCUCGCCUAAGUCUACACAAGCCGAAGGCUCUCACUCGCUUGUAUAUAUU